GCAGUUCCGUGAGUCCUGCAACUCCCGAGGGAAUGUCGAGAGUCGUGCAUAGAUCACUUAGGGGCAUUCGGCGAGCGCCGGUGAUGGACGGCGGAAGUGCGACGCCGGCUGUACCGGGUCAAUCGCACGGUCCGACAAUUGCGGGACGGAGAGCAAAAACAGAGUCUGAGACAAGAAUCCGUUUCAGAUCGGCGUCGACGCGUCGGACUUGGGAUCGGGACUUGAGGCAGAAAACCGCGAUCUACGAGGGCAAGAAGUUGAUCGUUGUCGGGAUCUUGGAUGGCACUCUGCGUGGUUGGCCUACUGGAAGAGCGACAGUCGGAGCUGCUGCAGGUGGAUCUGGACGGCGAUCGGAAGCUGUCAUUGGAGGCAGGGAGGGAUCGGGAUCGAGAUCCACGGCAAGGGGUUGGACGCUGAGCAGCAUCCGUGACAAGAGCAACGGCACCCGCCCCAGGUCUUUCAAUAUGGAGAGGUUUGACGGAGUCGACGGCGCCCCGUCUCAUACGUUAUGCUGUGGGAUCUCUUUUGUGCGACGUUUUUCAUUCGCCGGAGCUGCACGAGGGGAGGACGCGGGACCUAUCAUGGGAGUCAGAAAGGGAGAUGUAGAGGUGCAGGAGCAGAAGCUAGUGGAUGCCUCUUCAGCAUCUUCUUCCUCUUCUUUCGCAAAGGAGAAAGAGCAUAUAGAAUGGUGGAUGCAGCGUGUGGAAGAGUGUACCAGGGAUCAGGCGAGGGUGCUGAAGGCCAGACUUUCAUCUGACAAUCUUCUUGGACUGAACGAAAACCUGCGCUCAGGAAGGUAAGGGUUCAAGGAUGAUGAGGGUAGUAAGUAGAGCCAAUCUACGUCCUGUACGACAGUCUUCAUCUCAGUAAAACAAAUGGCGAUUA